AUGUCCUGUAUGGUAAAUUGUAGUGAGUAUCCACCAAGCUUUUCGAAUAACACGUCAGACUCAACCAACACCAAUCCACAAUUAUCUUCAGCAUCAGUUGUAAUUCUCUCCAUGAUUUCUACUCUCGCGAGUAUCUCAGGCAGCUUAGGAAAUGCUUUGGUUAUGAUCGCUGUUUUCAAAUUUCAAAACCUUCGCAGCGCUCCAGACUACAUCAUCUCAAGCCUGGCCUUUUCAGAUUUUAUUGUUUGCUCUGUCUAUCUACCACUAAAGAUUUAUUGGAUUGUGACAGGCGACAACAAGCAUAGCAUUGCAAGACAAGUUAUUGGAGUUACCUCUUUGACUGCUUCCGUCACCAACAUGCUUGUGGUAACAGUUGAUCGUUUAAUUGCCAUACGAUUUCCUCUUACGUACAUUACAAUUGUGACAUUCAAUAGAAUCUCAUCUGUUAUUGGCUUUGUUUGGUUUAUUUGCCUUAUUUCUGGGACGCUUUAUGUCCCACAAAUCGGCGGUGUUUCGAAAUUCAUUUUGGUCUCCUACUGCAUCACUCUAAUGUUGGGCACAUGGAGUAUGUAUGUCUACAUCUUUUUGGUUGCUAAGCGGCAAGAAAAUAAAGUUCACAACCUUAAUUUAUCCGCACAGCAAGGAACUUCUAGCGAGCAACAAAGGAACGAAAAGAAAGCAGCGAAAACGAUUUUCACCAUCGUUGUUGUUUAUGCUUUGUGUUGGUUACCACUGCUUCUUCUUCCCAUUUUUGUGAGUCCUUCUAAGAAUCCGGUAUUGUUCCAAAAAUGUUUUGUUUGGACGCAGACAAUAUUGGUUUGCAAUUCAGCAUUAAAUCCUUAUAUUUACUGUGUACGAAGCCAAAAAUAUCGUAAACAGUUCAAGAAACUCUUACGAAUGUCGUCUUCUGUGUGA